AUGACGGCCUCAAGUGCUUCAUUGUGUGAUGCGCUGAAUUUAAAGUAUUUUGGCGAGUUUCUUACAAUGGAUGGUCUUAUCCACUUUGCUGCAAAUGCGCUCAAUGACAACCCAUAUUUUAGUGCGGGCGCAGGACUUUUUGGAAUGGGCAUGGGUGUGGCCUUAUUGCGUCGAUUUGGCAUGGUUGCUUCUUUACUUAUCCGCAGGAACCUGACGUUAACAAUGGAAAUUGCUAGCCAUGACACGUCGUAUCAGUGGGUGAUGCAUUGGCUUUCGAAGCGAGCCCGCAGUGCAAACUCAAACAAGCUCCAGCGAGGCGCUGGACAACACUUGAGCGUUGAAACAAGUGUUGUUCGCACAGAGACUGGUCGAAUAAAGGCUGCAUUUGACUUUAUCCCCAGUACUGGUGUUCAUUACAUUUUUCACCAGGGUCGGAUCCUUCGAGUUGAACGCGUUAGAUCCCAAAGUACUCUUCAAGGUGCAUCAAUCGCUCCCUUUGAAAGCGUUACUCUCACCACUGUGGGCUUUGAUACUCGGAUAUUUUUGGACAUUCUCGAAGAUGCGAGAUGUGCUGCGAUUGCGAAAGACGAAGGGUGGACUGUCAUAUACAAGGCAGUUGGACCCGAGUGGCGACAGUUUGGUUAUCCCCGGCCACGCCGAGCACUUAAUUCAGUUGUUCUCAAAGAAGGACUAGCUGAAUCUAUUACAUCUGAUGUACAAGAAUUCAUUGACAGUCAGAAGUGGUACUCCGUUAGAGGCAUUCCUUAUCGCCGUGGGUACCUUCUCUAUGGUCCUCCUGGAUGUGGGAAGAGUAGUUUCAUAACUGCACUUGCCGGCCAUCUGGAAUUUAACAUCUGUGUUCUCAAUCUCAGUGAAAUCGGAAUGUCAGCUGAUAGACUAGAACAUCUGCUCACUCAUGCGCCUCUGCAGUCAAUUAUUUUAUUGGAGGACAUCGACGCUGCUCUACCAAGCCGUGAAGAUACCAACGACACAGCACGACUUCAUGGCCGUGCCUACGAAGGCAUGCAGUCCUUGACACUGAGUGGCCUACUUAACGCCCUAGACGGUGUGGCAUCAACCGACGGCCGGAUUCUCUUUAUGACCACCAACUACGUUGACCGACUAGAUCCGGCUUUGGUGAGGCCCGGUCGUGUGGACUACAAGGCGGAAAUUGGCUUGUGCACAAGAAACCAACUGGUUCGAAUGUUCUCGCGGUUUUAUCCAGUAGAAACCGCUCAACCUCUGGCCUCUGCUACCCCCUCUCAGCAUCCCCUGGCUGAGAGGUUUGCCGAGGCUCUUGGCGAGGGCAUAGUGAGCCCUGCUCAGGUGCAGGGGUUUCUGUUGAUCCACAAGUCAGCUCCGCACAGCGCCAUGGCCGCUUUACCGGAAUUUCGUGAAGUCUGUCUUCGACAACGGGCAAAGUUGAAACAGGCCUAA